UAAUUGUGUUUUAGUACUUCUUAGAAUUGAUGUAGUUUCGAGGAUACAGCUCUCGUGAAGUGGUGGUAACCAUUGGCUUGGUUUUGUUUCGUACGACUAUAUCUUUUUUGUAACUAUAGAUGUACUACAGUUUUGAUGUCAACGAAAAUGCCGGACGAAAACAUCUGUACGGACGUGAAAUCUAUUUUGGAUCGGUUGGAAAACAAUGGUUUGCAGAACUACAUAGUGAGAUCACAGGAGUAUCAAAAAUUACUGGUUGCUUUGGGUAAAGACGAGGCUUUGAGCGUAUCGGAGACCGACAAAUUGUUAGAAAUAUGUGCACGAGACUUAAAAGAGGAGCUGCGGUACGCCGCCACACUCAUGAACAUUAUUUCUAUCAUAGUCACCAGAGUACAGAAAGGUAAUUACAACCACUGUCCAAACCUGGCACCAUCAGCUUUAGCAGUGAUACAUAUAAUAACGACAAUAGCAUUGCACAGCAAGGUGGAUACUUUGAAACAGUUAUGUUAUGAUACAUUGCUUUCUUUUCCUGAUGAGACAAUUGCAGCACUUGCAGACCACCAUGAACAAGUCAUGGAAGUCUUCAACCUCUACUGCCAUGUCAGAAUACCCAGUAAAAUUAAAUUUCAGGCAUGUUCUAUUCUACACAAAAUAUUGAAAUUACUGGAGCCUGAAAAGAAGGCACAAUUUGUGGAGAAAGGGAUAUCCGUUUGGUUUUCAAAGAUUUUUCCCACCCUAAUGAACAGUUUGGCCUUGGAUAUGACAGAACUGGACAUUACUGUAGAAAUAUUGGAACAUUUAACUGAAGAGCUGGUGGCAUUUGAUUAUACUGAAAAUCUCCAAUGGCACUAUGUUCUAGAAUGUAUCUGCAAUCCACAGAAAUAUCCAACAAUAAUGAAAAAUCUAUUGAUACAUAAAAGUGGUAUCUGGCACCGAGUUUGGAUGGUAUACAUUAAGCUACUUAAACAUCAAAUCACACAAGCAAUGGGCAACAUUGGUACUCCAAUAAAUUCAAUGUUACCAGUUGUUGAAGCUGCAUUCAAAUUGGAUGUGGAGAACAGAUGUAAAGCAUUUGAAUGCUGGACUGUACUCAUUGACAGUUUCUCAACUGAAACAAAUGAAAGCAACAUAAACAAAAGAAUCAAACUGUUAAUCAUCCCGCUUAAGUCAAAUAAUGCUAAAGCCGAGGAAACUGCCUUAGCCAAGUUUAAAUGUUGGUGGCAUUUAUUACAGAAAUUCCAAAAUAAAAUAGACAAAUUCAUUGACACAAUUUUGGUCACAUUCUUACAUUUCUGCUUUGGAAAGCACAAUGCCACGGAUAAGACGAUUAUUGUGCCUGGACAGAUAUCAAUGCCACUGAAGAAACUGUGUAUUCAGGCUAUCGUAGACUUGGUGGGUCAUGUUAAUUGUGACGGAUGCACUGAAUUGCCUAAACUGAAAGGGAAAAUGAUAAACACUAAGAAUUUAGUGGAUAAUUGGAAUCACUGGAUCUUUUCUUUGACUUCAACCAUAAUGAUGUCUGCAAAUUCAGAUGAAGGCUUGACGAAACAGCAGAUGACAUGUUUGUGGAAGUCAUUCCUCUUGACUAUUGGUGAUCUGCCUGAAAACACCAUAAGAAAAGAUCUCUUCUCUGAAAUGUUAUCUAUUUUAGUUCAUUUAGUACAGGAAUGCAAAAAUAACAGCAAGCUGACGGAUAUAGUAUUCAAUGCUUUACUAGUAUCAAUGUUUGAUGGAGACACAAGGAUCAAACAACUUAUGAAAUCAAAGAAUGACGUCACUCAUCCUCUUUGUAAGAUAACAUCGGCUUUACUGAAUCCUGCAUUGCACCAUGCGUAUCAAAGUUGUACCUUCAAAGAGAUGGUAACAAAAUUACUGCCUCUAACAAACAUGUUAUUAGAUCCAGCUUAUUGCUCGCCAACAUUUGCCAUAGGAUACAUCUUAAAGAACUUGACUGCCACGGAUAUUUCUUUGACAUUCUGGACUGCGUUGUCAGAAUCAAUUUGUGAAACUCAAUAUGACAUUUGUACACUAAGCUUGUGUAAUAUCAUGAUGUGGCCAUUGGAGAGAGUGCAAUCGUUUAAAAAUUAUGAUGUUGCCCUUCUUAACUUUAAGAGAGUAGCUCUAAAUUAUUAUGUGUUAGGUCUAAGAUACAUAUUUUUUACAGGCGCAUCAGUAGAAAAAGAGAUGGAACUCCUGCAUGUGUUGACAGGUCGUAUUAAUUCCUAUCAGAACUAUGAAAAACUGUUUCCGAUACUCAUUGAUAGAGUGUUGGGUGUAACCACUAUAAUAGGCAGUGACGUCAAUGAGAUUGUAGCUCGAUAUACUCUGUUUGCUAUGAGGAAAAUAUUGAAAAUUAUGAUCCAAGCAAGCAAACAGAUGCCUGAGGUCAAAGAAAUAUUGACUUAUGUUGAAAGGUCAUUGAAUGAUUUAACUCUCCUCUUUCAAUCUGAGCUAUAUCACAAACUCAUACCAAUUAUUGUCGAUGAAUUAAUAGACAUAUCCACAUACCUUUUAAGUAAGUCCUUAUUAAAAAAUGUAGUUGUUACUAUGUUGAAGACUUUGUCACUCAAAAUAGUGGAAACUGAUACGACAUUUAAGAAAAUAAACUCAAUAUUAGAAGAUUUGCAUAAAGAAAAGUGCACAAGUAAGAAACAAAUUUCUGAAGAUAUUACAUUCACAGCCCCUAAGCUAUUAGAUGUUACUAUAACAAAGAAAGUUAAGAAAAAAGAACCAAGUAUAGUGAAUACUGUUGUGGAAAAUGGUGAAGAAUAUGUUGUAGUAAAGUCCAACUGGAAAUUUAACCCAAGAAAACUAACAGAAAACCAAAAAGAAAAAUUGCAAAGGAAAAGAGAAGACAUUCCAGCUUUGUAUCAAGAUUUAUCGCAGUCUCAGGAUGAAUUUAAACUGGUGUCCUGGAAGACAGACUCACAAGACACUUCCAACAGCAGUAAAUCUGAAAGUAAAUCUUCUAAGUUAGGAAAUAAUGAAACUGCUACAGAAAUACUUUCAAAGUUGCCAAGUUCAAAUGUUGUGCCCACAAUACUAGAAAACUUCUUUGCUGAAAAUAAGAAAAAAGACAGUUCUCCUAUUUCUAAAGAAGCACUACCAACAAGAGAUACUGGUAAAGCUGACCCAACAACACCACAAAGCACUAAAUCACCAAGAAUGGCUUUAAAAGACCGCGUGUUCCGUAAUGUAAGAAAUUUAAUAGAAAAGUCAGGAGUCCAAAAAGAGAACAAGGAUGCAUCUGAAGAUCUUAACAAGACAGAGAGGGCUGUAAAAACUCCCAUCCAGUCCAAAAGUGAUGACACAGUCAAUGUCAUUAAUUCUGCCCCUCCAUUACUGUCUGCUGAUAGACCAUCAAGAGUUAAAAGAAAGCCUAGAAAAUUUGAAGAGCUCAUGUCACUGAGUGCUAAAAAGAAACGCCAAUCUUUACAAAAUCUUAAAUCAACAGACUUGGGCAAACAAUCUACGGCAGAGUCAACUUCUUUAAAUGCCGCAGCAGAUAAAGAAGAAAAUGUAAUCAAUGAUUCGACAAUAGUUCCAAAAGCUGACCAAGAGAAAGCAAAUGAUGUUGUACAAUAUUCCGAAAAACAAACGAAAUCGGACGAAGAUGAAGUUAUGGAAAAGAAUAAAUGUCCACAAGAGGAUCUAAGCACAAUUAAUGAUAAUGUUACUGAAACACAAAUUACUGAAAGUAUAAGUGAAGAGAACAUCGUUAGUUCUGAUUUACCAACGCACGUGGAUAUUGACAGUAAUAAGAAAACCUCGAGUUCAAAAGAAUCCGAUAACUGUAGAGACGAUGGUACAAGAGCUAAUGAUACACCAGUGAGUGUUAACAGAAAGGAGAAGAAAACGAAGGAAAUUGAAACGUCUCUUAUUAAGAAGGAUGAUAAAAGUGGCAAUAAAAAUGAUAGGGACGUGGUUAGUCCGAGCAUCAAAGAGAAUGAAACAGUUAACGAGGACAAAGAAACCAAGAAAAGUGAUAGUUCUAAUGUAAUUCAAAGCUCUCCUGUCAAAAUGAAAAGAAAUUCAAAUGAAAAAGAAGAAAAGAAGGUAGAGGAGAUAACCGAACACCAUGCAAGUGAAAAACAAGAAAGUCCUAUCAAAAUUAGUAAAAGACCAUCAACGCCAACAGUAUCGAAAAGUAAAAUUGAAGAGCCGAAAUCGAGUUCUAAAAAGCCUAGGAAAUCAAGGAUUGAGAAAGAAUUAGCAAUAGACAUGGUGGAAGGACAUCCGUUUUUAAAAAUGCAGUCUCAAAGUCGAGUUACUAGAAGAGCUUUAGAAGCUGUUAGCACUGGCAGGAGAAAGACUUUACUGGAAAAGUUGAACAAAUCAAAAUCGGAACCCAGCAGUGGAGCUAAAGGUGAGAAAAAAACCAGAGAGAAAAAUAAAGACGGCAAAGAUAGAAGCGAAAGUGAUAGUUCAAACUCCUCGGUUACUGUUGAAGAUAGUCAAGAAAGAGACACUGGGAGUAAAGAUACUUCUUUCACAGAGGAACUGCCAUAUUCUGAUGAUGUUAUUGAGAGCUCGCAAGAUUCUACUAUGACAACUAUAUCAGUAAAAUCAUCUAAAAAGGCUGGUGUGAAAGUGCCUGUCGUAACUUUAGAAAAAAUAAAACUCUUCCCAGAUCAACCUGAGAAUGUACCUGAAUCACAAAGCAUAUUGGAUAGUGUUAUUGUGCGUAAUGCUGGAUCUACAAAAGAUAAACAAGACACUAAAGAUGAUACAGAAUUGUCCUUGAAUAAAACUGCUGUUGAAGACCAAACACAAGCAGAUCUUACAGAGAAUAUGGAUACGGAACCUAUUGGUACAGAUUAUUCAGAUGUUGUAAUCGUAAUAGCUGAAGAAGUUCCGCCACCUCUAACAAUCAGCAGUGAUGAAUCACAUGUAGGACAAGCAACACAAGAAAUUGCUGAAGCUGACACCCAACCGACUAAUCCUACUGACUUCAUGGAAGUUGAUAUUGUGAAUAAGACUAAGAAUAUAAAUGUGACUAUUGCAGAUAGUGACAUUUGUAGUUCUGCCAUUAAAGACGACUCUUUGACAAAAGAACAAUCAAUUCAGGAAAAGCCAAAUUCACCUUUAGACAAUACAACAUUAACGUUACCUGAGUCGGCGGUUAUUGAUUUAGAAGCAGAGGGAGGAGCUUCAUCGCCAUCGUCAUUUGGUGAUGAAGCUAAGCGAAAACAAGAUUUCUUGAAUAAUACACUAGAGAUAUCGCCAAUUAAAAAUAUGAGUCCCGAUAGAAAUAAGAAGUCACCGUCUCCCGAAACUAGUACAGAUUAUGUGGUGAUAACGCUGUCCUCGCCCGUGCAAAGUAACGGAGAACCCUUUGAAAAAUGUAGUUCUCCAGAAGUUUUUACUGAGGACAAGAUUUCCCCUGAUAAAAGGGAUCAGUCGCCGCCUAGAGUAGAAGUAACUGUGACUAGCACUAGCCCCAGCUCUUCUCUAUCACUGAAGAAGAAUAGACCACAAGUUCGGUCUGGAGGACGGGCGGCGCAAAUGUUAGGAUUAUGCUGCGUACCUGAUAAAGUUCAAGCUAUUAUAAACCAAGAAAAGACUGACUCUGAAGAGAUUAAAAAGCCUAGUACAUCAAGUACACCUGCUAGAAGAAAUUUACGAAUGUUAUAUAAUUCAGUUAGUGAAAAUAUUGAACCUCCCAGUGAAAAUGAGGACAGUGAGCAAUUUCUUAAGUUUAGACGAUCGCUGCCUGCGGUAGACAGCAGUCCGUCGGGACCAAUAUUAAAACGGAAACUUGUAGAGAUUACCGAUGAGGCUACAGUUUCACCGGCCAGCAAAAGAAAGAGAGUUAGUUUCCAUGACCCACCAGUAUCAACUACAGUAUCAGUACAGAAAUAUAUUGAACCCGGUGGUGUACGGUCGCCAUCAAAUUCGAUGCAUAAACGUCUUGAAAGACAGCUGAGACAACACGCGCCCUUAAAAUCACCCAAAAGACUAGACAGUGCAUUUAAACUAGAUACAGUACUAAACAAAGCCAUCGAAAGUUUCACAGACAAUGGAGCAAACACUCCAGAUGACACUCAAGUGUCCUCUCUGGACGAGACACCAGUUGUUGAAAUUGUUAGAGCUAGUGAAUUGAAUGAUACUGAUCCAAUUUACCCCGAUUUAGUAGAUUGUAAGGAUCCCAUAGAUAACAUUGCGGGUGAACUGUCGUCACCAGUUAUGAAGUCAUUGCUUGUUAGAGAAUUAUUAGGCAAGGUUGAAACAGUGGGUGAUUUGGCAAAGAUGACAGAACUUGAAGUUAACAGAUUGCGUAUUAAGGCACCGAAGAUUAAAGUGGCGAAGAAGGUGUUGUCCGACUAUGCUUCUAAGAGGGCAGAGAAAGCUCAAUGUGAAGUGUCAGUAGUGGCAAUAGACGAGGCUGCUUUUGAGGAACCUAUGUCAGAACCUGAAGUAAAGGGCGUGGGGAGCGCCGACAUGGAAGUGCAGACGGUGGCUAACGUGUCUGUUGAUAUGGAGAUGCAGACGGUUGAGACACCUGUUUCUGUUACAUAUGUACAGACAGAGACUACUCCAACGACACACACAGUUGUGCAGACAGACCAAUCAGGCAGUACAUCUACUGCAGAACUUGUUAAAUCCUGUUUAGAAGAGAGACCAGACUUCGUACAACAAGUUAGCACACAGUUAGAAGAAUCUUCUAAGCAGCAGAUAACUGAGAAGUUGUCAGUUAGUGCUAUAACUGAUGUGUUAGUCAAAAAGAUCAGUCCAACCGAUGCCAAGACACUUUUAAACAGAGUGUUGGAGAAUCAGUGGAAUAAAACCUCGAAUGAAAACCGCACUAGUAAAGAAUUAUCGUUUAUUCGAGAAUUUAUGUGCGAGAGGUUUGACUCCAAAGAUUUGAUACUUUUCUGUAGUGAGGUACUGAAAUCUGUGUAUGAUAAACCUGCUUCGCCUAAGUUUUGAUGCUUUUAUUGUAGAGUUUAUGUUUGGCCAUGUACGGCUUUGUGUUGAUUGUGGCCUCACCGGCUUGCACGACUGUUUGUAUUGUAAUAUACAAUUAGCACUUUUUACCAAAUGUGGAUCGUAUCUCGUCGCCAUACUUACGACGUCACUAUAAUCGCUUCAUGCAUUUUUUUGAGACCUGCGAUUGUUUAGCGUUCUUUGUAACAUUAAAUCUCAUUGAAAUAUAUAUUUUAUCCUAUACACCAGUAACAAGUUGUAUUGUGAUGUGUGUAUGUGUAUGUAUUGAUGUAAUGUAUGUGUUUAAAAAGUCGCAUAUUGUU